UGUGAAACUGGAAGUUCAAGUACGACGAAAGGCGUUAACUUGUCAGGGGACUUUCCAAAGAGCAAUCCAGUGUGCCGCUGGAUACGGAAGGGAUAUCGCUGUUCUAAAAGUGCUCGAGAGGGGGAUUGUCAAGAUCUGAUGUUCAGAAAUAACAUUUUGUUUAGCUUCCUUUCAACAAUAAUGUUUAAAAGUGAAUCAUGACUUCAGACAGUGAAAGUAAUAUUUAUAGUCCGUUGAAAGAAAACAUCUCACUCCUGACGACCAAGCAAGACCAGCUAAGAAAAUGGAAUGUUUUCGUUCUGAUCUUGAGUCUCAUUCUUGGAGCGGAAGUAAUAGUAACAACAUUCCUCCUGUACGAUUUGUCUGAAGAAAUAAAUCAGGCUCAAGAGGAGGCCAUAGUUGGCGAGUACCCGUUCCACUGCCUUUACCAGCUUGUUAAUCCUCAGUAUCAGGAGAGCGCUUCGCUCUACAACCAGAGUCUUGCAAGUUGCGACUUGUGGAUUCAAGAAUUAAGGAGGAGUGCACACAAGCAACUUCUAUCUGACAUCAGGAAUGCCCUGUACAGACAGCUAACCGCCAGCAACAUAACACUCUCUCAAUCUAAGAAACCUGUCAUUCACAUGGGGGCUGAGCAAGAACUGAGACAGUUUCCUAACUGGCUGAAAAAUGAUGGGGAAAACAACAUCAGAAGAACAAAGGAUAAUCUUCGCUGGGACAACAUUAAUGGAUUAUCUGUUCAGCAAGGGAUGAUGGGAUACAGCCCAGAUGGAGAGAUUGUGAUAUAUCACGAGGGACUUUACUUUGUCUAUUCCCAGGUUUACUUCCAACUUCUUCCGUCAAUCCAAGAAAAACAUUCACAGCAUUUUCUGCAGUAUAUUUACAAGAAGACUGCAUCAUACCAGGAGCCUAUCCUGCUCUCCAAAGCAGUCGUGACAAAAUGCUGGAACACAGCACCUGAUUUGCAACUGUUCUCUAGCCACCAGGGGGCACUCUUUCACCUACAACAGGGAGACAAGCUGUCCCUCCAAGUAACCAACAUCCAAACUGUGCGGUUGCAAGAGGAUUCAACUUUCUUUGGAGCCUUUAUGAUAAACUAAAUGGAGAAACUAUACUCAGAACCUACAACUGUUUCCAAAAGUUUUCCAAAAGUAACUGUAAAGAAAUGUUACCAUUGUGUCAAAUUAAUGUGAUUCUAAUAUUCCUCAGUGCCUUGUUUCUGGAAUAACUAGGCAACAAUCAAAAAAGUACAUAUGAGAAGGCCAAUAAAUUCAACUAAAAAUAUAACGUAUGAAGUAUAUGUGAUUUACUUCUGGCUGGUUAUCCCUAAAUAACAGGUUUCAGUAAAUCCAAGUCUGCUGUAUGUUUUUUUUCUUUCUCAAUAAAUACAAUAAACAUGAGUGGUGUAUAAACACUGUCUAACCCUGCUCCUGGAGAUCUACUGUCCUGUAGGUUUUAACUCCAGUGCUAACAAAGCACACCUCAUUCAACAGCUAGAGAUCUUGUUGAGCUGCUAAUUAGUAGAAUCAAGUGUGACAAAUCAGGGUUGAAAUGAAAACCAACAGGACAGUAGAUGUCCAGAAACAGGGUUGGCCAGACCUGAAAUACAGCAUUGGUCCAUGAUGCAUAGAGGUGUUCCAAGGACCAGAAUAGAAUCCUGAAGUGCCAGUGAGCAUUUUUUUGUUUAUGUUUUGUAUCUGUGUAUUGUGUAUCUAUGUGUGUGCA